GGCGGGCCACUCCUCCGUCAGUCGCAGUUCGAUCGCCGAUUGCGUUUCAUCGGGCAAUCGAUCGAUCAAUACUUCUGAGUGAUUCGAGUUGACUUCCCGAGUGUGUUCUGGUGUAAGAAGAGAAAAUCACGAGGAGAGUCUCAGUGUACCGAGGACACGAGGGAUAGGCGGAACGUAAGAGACACGAAAAAUGCGCUCGACAAGUUUCUUUAAUAUGGUGGCGCUCGUUGGCGUCGGCGCCGCCAUCAUCGGUUCUUCGACCGCUUCCGGCCAUCAGGAUUUUCUGACAAGUGCAUUGAAUCGCUGCAUCGCUGCGGAUUCCUGGUCGUCCUGCCUGAAGCACGAGGUUCUCGGUUAUCUGGACGGGAAGCUCGGCACUAGCACGGAAGCCCGCGCCCUCGAGAGCGUCGACGAAGCCGUUGUUGCGAGAAGUGCCAAGUAUCUCAAGAGCUUCGAUUACAGCGUCGACCUGCCUUUCGUUGACGCGAGCCUGAACUACAGGCCCAGCAGGAGUCUCGCUGAUCUUGACAUCGAGUUCAAGAACAACGAUGUUGCGACCGGUCAGGCCCGUGGGAUCCUCAAGAAGAAACUCCUGUUGCCCUUCCUUUUGCUCCUGAAGCUCAAGCUAAAAGCCCUGAUGCCAAUCUUUGUUGCCAUAAUAGGCCUCAAAGCUCUCAAGGCCCUCGUCCUCUCGAAGCUCGCGAUUCUUCUCGUAGUGGGAUUCAUCGCCGUUCAAUUCUUCAAGAAAGGUGGCAUGAUGCCUCCCAUGGGCAUGUCCAUGGAACCUGCGGCGCCGGCCUACGGUGCUCCUCCCGUACCCUCGACCACGUCGAGUUACGACCCAGCCAACACUUGGGAUGGCAACGGCCCCUACUCUCGCGUCUGGACGCCGACGAACGGCAUCGACGGUCAGAGUCUCGCGUACAGCUAUUAUGCCGGUUCGAAUCUUGGAUCCUACGGUUCGCCCUCGUCCUCCUCCUCGUCGUCUUCUUCGUCGGCCAGUUCUGGUUCGUCCUCCUCUUCCGCUGGAAUGAACUACUAGACUUUGACAUCACGCGCGACUGUCAACGCGACUGUCACCACUGAUCAUUCGAUCACAGCACAAUUGAAACUAUGACCACGACUGCGACGAAUUAAAUAAUGUGGAUGCAAUAAACGAUGACAACGACAAGAAAGACGGCUAUAGCGACUACUUGAAACACGAAGACGAAGUUUUGAAUGGUGAAAUCUGCACCAAGAGACAUCGUCGGCAAGGAUACUUCCUUGCAAGAGGGCGUACCCUAGAGCAUGAUGGCGAAAAAGCAGUGAACCCAGAUAAUAACCUUCUGGCUCUUCCCAAGUAAAUUGAAAUACGCCAUCAAAGGCACGUUCACACUCGUUUGCUCGACUUCUUUCAGAAGAGGGCUACAAUAUUUAAAUAUUCAAAUGCUGGAAGACUUGAACGUUUCAGCUUAUCAAUGUCCUCAGGGGAACGAAAGCAUAUUGCUGCGGCAUGCAAGGAAAUCGAGCCAAAUGUUUCACUAGGAGUACCUUGACGUUAACAUUCUAAGAACGAACAGUUUGUUGUGAUUCGUGAGAACCACUUGCUCCCGAUCGUACGACUAUUUAUUUUCAUGCAACAUAUAUUUAUUAUCGUGUUUCGAUUUGUUAAUAAAAGCAUACUUUUUAAAA